AUGGCUGAUUUCGAUGCAAUAUAUCCUGAAGAACCGGAGCCAGAGGAGAAUAUAGAGGAGACGCAUGUGACAUUAGUACCUGACCCCAUCAUCAUAAGGGGUGCUGGAAACAUGACAGUUUUUGGUCUAAGCAAUCGGUUUAAUGGCGAAUUCCCGUCUGGCCUGCAGUCGAGAGUCGCUCCCGAGGAAUAUCAAGCCACUAUAGCUCGUAUUAAUAGUGUGCUUAAGAAAACUCUACCCGUUAAUGUUAAAUGGCUGUUCUGUGGCUGUGUUUGUUGUUGCUGUACACUCGGAUGCUCAUUAUGGCCGGUUAUAUGCUUAAGUAAAAGAACGCAGCACUCAUUAAAUAAACUUCUAGAAUGGGAGAAUAGCAGGCUUUACAAUAAGCUAGGUCUACGCUGGCGUCUCACAAAGCAACACUGCGAUUCAUCAUCAAUGAUGGAAUAUGUACUUCUUAUAGAAUAUAUACCCAAAAUACCAAUAUACAGGCCGGAUUAA